AGCGUUUGCCAACAAGAAGUACUACAAAAGGCCAGUCCCCAGUUGGGCAUGGACCCAACUUCAGGUGUCCAAAACCGCUCUCUCCCCUGCAGAACACACCAGCAAAAACAACCCUUCUCCACCCUCCCAUGCCUCACUCCAAUGGACAUCAGAAGCCUGUGCAAGUGCAACUCGGGCUGCUCCGACGGCGCCGAUGGCGAAGCCAUCCAUCUCAGCCGUUCCUCCCGCGGCGGCGGGAGCAGCACGUCCUCGUCGGUCGCCUCGGUGGUGCCGCCGCCGCCGAGCGGACCUAAUCAUGCGAAGCAGAGGUGGAGGGAGCUGUGGACGAAGCUCAAGAAGGAGAAGAGCAGGGUGCCGACCGAGGGCCACGUCCCGUACGAUUUCUACAAUUACUCGCAGAACUUCGACCAGGGGAUCGCGUGGGAUGAGGCCGAGAACCUGUCGAGGUCGUUCUCGGUGAGGUUCGCCGAUCCCGCCUCCAAGAUCUACGCCAAGAAGAGAGCGGUGAAAUGAAAGUGGUCAUUGGAUCUUUUUCUUGCCUGAUUUUUACGUUAUUACCGUUUUGGCCGUGAACUCGUGUAGCCUCUCUCGAAAUGUUGUAGAUGGGACGAGAUUCUAUGCGUGCAUAGUAGAUAAAGAUCAUGUAAUGAAGAUCUCCUUUGUCUCUCU